GUUUUUGAUUAACUUCUUGGAGCAUUGGUGUCCUGGGUAACGUUAAAACAUCACUGAGAGACAAGGGACCAUCUAAUUCUUCUCACUCAGUUGAGCCUGAGCCAAGAUGCAAGAUAAAGUCGGAAGGUUGCUGGACGUGGACACACAUCCCCUCAGUAAUGAUUCACCCCUGGUCAGCCCAGAGGGACUGGGCUGCUCUGACGACCGCUAUUUGGAGAGCAUAGGUAAACCACUGGAGGACAGCUUACACCGCUCAGACCAUGCCAUAAACUCAAACUUCUCCAAAUACCUCACACCCACACAAACUUCAGCAGUGGGCUAUUUGGCUUCGGGUAUGAAGCCAGAGGAUGAUAUCCUGUACCAGUGGCGCCUCAGAAGGAAGAUGGAGCAGUCUGCCCGUCAGCCUCAGUCUGAACUGCCAGUCCCUCACAGCUUGCUCUGCAGCCUGUUACAGCAGACUCAAAAUAACUUGCUUACAAGGGACCAUUCAAGUACGCUCACUGGCACUAUGGCACAAGCUUCAUCUGACAUAUGGUCUCAGGAGCCCCCUCCUCCCUUUACUUUUCCACACCCUAGUCUGUCUCAGUUCCAGCCUAAGCAGCACAUCUCUCCACGUACAUCCCACUCUGGUGAGGACAUCCUGCCAUGUCCUCACCAGAGCUCUCCCAUGUUACUGCCCAAGGAGAGAAAGCAGCAUCUGAGAAAGAGUUCUACUGAUCCUGCCUCGUGCACAACACUAUCAACAGAUCAGCUCAACUUCAAAAAUACCUCCGCCUAUCAGCGCAACAAAUCGCAUUCAUCUCGACAUUGGUACCUCCCUGAAGACAAAGAGGGACACUGUCUUAUUUCUAAGAAGAGUGGGAAAGGAGGAAAAGGUGUAAUGUCACAGCAGCUAGAAACAGAGGCUGAGACGAAGAAGAAAAUAAAUGGAACUUCCUCCAGUAGAGAAAAAGGUUCUAGACAUGUGGACCGGUCUGACCCUACACUUAGAAGAGGAGACCGAGAUGGCAAGAAGCUCAAGCGGAAGGAAAGAAGACAGGAAGCUUCGGCUUUAUCUCUCUCUCCUCUACAAAGCACUCUUGGAAUGGUGGUGUCUGAAGUUCUAUUUCCUGAUUCUGGAUCAGCAGACACUACCAGAAUGUCAAGCGCUGACUCUUGUGAAGACACUCAAUCAUUUCCAUCACAACCCUUUACCACUCCUCACAGACUUCAAAGACCUGCAGAGAUCAUUAAUAAGCUUCUUAUAGAAGCAGAAGAUUCUGAUGAGUUGGAGUUUGAGGAUGAUCCCUUGCUGCUGGUGCUGAGAGAGCAGAGGGGCUGGGUGAAGCAGCGCAUAUGUGACAUGGACAUGUUGCUUGAAGCAUGGCAUGAGAAACCGUCCCUCUGAAAUCUCCGAAUUUUGCACACAUUCAUGUAUGAUUUUAAUGUAUUCUCAAUAAAUUAUAAAUGUUUUUUUUAUUUAUUUUUGUGCUCAACGUCUUGUUACAAAAAUAAGCUAAAACUGAGUGUACCCUAACAUUGUAACAAUUUUGGCCUCAGGCCAAUCCAUGAAAAAAAUCGAUUAAAAUCUGUCUGGAGA